AUGCGAGGGGCAGCGGCUCGACAGUCGGGCAGCCAGGAGCGGGUGGAGGAGGGGGAGGGGGGUCAGGAGGGGGGUGGAGGACAAGAGGAAGAGAUUGAGGCCCCCCUGGUGUUUCAGUGUGAUGGCUGUCGACGAAUCGUGGGAGAUUCUUUCAACUGGGUUGAUUCGAAUCAAGAGCUCAACGUGAUUACCCUUUCCCGCGCACCAGAGUCGUUGCGGGUCAUGGAGCGGAUGGAAACAAGUACACAAGGACCCGACCUCGGCAGUACCUAUCGGUACUUUCUCUGUGCGUGUGGCAUGAACCUAGGCCGCAUUUACCAUACCACACCGCCGCAGCUCGAUUAUUUGAGAGGGUUCUACACGUAUGACCUCAAGGCACUUCAAAGUUACACCCUGGGCACUGGCAGUCCAGAACAGGAAGUCGGGCAACAAGCAUCCCUCCUCACGCGCAGUAUUGAUGAAUUGCGGAACGAGGUCGGGGAGGCGCUUCAACAGCACGAAGAGGGGCUAGAAGAACUACGGGAGGCUGUCUUGGACCUGCAGGCACGUUGGGAGCGCCACGAAACCAAGCGCGCACCAACCAGCACCCCCACCGCAACGCCGAGUCGUCGCAAGCACGCCAAGCGUACAUAG